GGCAAAAGAACCCAGAAGACCUGCAUAUGGAAUACCUGGCCAACACACCAGUUUCAGACUGUGAAGCAGAUGAUGAAGACACUGCUGUCUUCAAGCCAGUCUUCACUAGAGCCACAGAAGAACAAAUGGCUCUCACUUCUGAAGAAAUAGCUGUUUUGGAAGCAACAGCUGAGGAUUUCCCUAUCUUUCCGGAAACCUCACCUGAGUUUGAAAUGGUUCUAACUGAAACUGUCCAAGAGAAGGCAGCCUCUCCCCCACAAGAACAGAACCAGGAAGCAAAUGAAGAAGAAGAAUUUCAGCAACUGAUCCAAUCUCAAGUACUCGAGAUCCUCACAACUCCUUGUGAGAUCUCCAAUCAGACACAACUUGAGAUUCUGGAAAAGUCAGUAGAAAUUCCGGAACAGUCAGCUAUUCCAGAAACCAUGGAGAAAGCAGUAGAAGUCCAAAGGCACUCUGGAAAAGCUGAGAAGGAAACUCAGAUGGCAGAAGUGGAGGUCUCUCAAACUCCAAUAGCCAUCUUUGAAGAACCAAAUGAAGCUGAAGAUAGUGACUCCCUCUCCAGAUACAUAUCAAAUUUUGCACUUGAUGAAGCAGAAGGAGAAUCUGAGCGGACACUAAAGAUCACUGAUGAAGAAGAU